GAACACGAUAGAAAAUAAUAAUGAUAAUAAUAACAAUAUUCCAUCCAUAAAGCUCGCCCCGUUUCCCUCCGCCUCCCCCCUUCCCCGGCGGCGCACUGUACUGCCUCCGGUCCCUACUUCUUCUUCUUCUUGCCCCCUUCCCCUUUCCAUUCAACCCCUCCAACAAGAAAUGCAACCAUACGAAGAACCUCCCCAUUCCUGAAAUCACUUCCCACUUCAGACAACCCACGAGAGAUUAUUACCCCCAUCCUAUCCUUCUUCCGAGGGGCCGGAGAUGGCGUUGACGGGCAUGAGCUACAACUAUACCUCCCUCACGGGCCCCAUUUUCAGGACGGACUCGGCUGGGUACAUGGCGGAGCCGGUGGGGUGCAGCAAGAGGCAGGUGUUCCUAAGGAGCUACCAGUUUAGCAGGAAGAGGAGCCUGUCGGAGCGGAUCAGGAGGUCCCUGGUCCGGGUGAAGCGGCUGUUCUGGUUCAGGCUCCGGUCGGCCCGCAAGCUCAGGCGGGUCGUGUGGGCCAAGCUGUCGAAGCUCCGGCAGGGGUUCUACGGCCGGAGGAGGCCGUCGAGGUUCCUCCGCCUCGUCAACGGGAAUCACUACUACUACCGCAGCAACUGCGAUGGCUUCCCCUGCUUCUGCUAGAGCAAAAAUUAUUAGUCUGGUGGCCUGGCCGGCGAUUUUAACCAAACAAGUUAAGUGGGAAGUGAUGAUGGAGAAGGGGAAAUCACCUCAGCUGUGUGCCGAUUUUGGCUCUAACAAUUACAAGAAACAGUGAAAGUCAAAGGCAUUGAAAGAUCCAAUGAGUUUGAAUGAAAGAGAGUCGUGGAAGGAAAGAAGACGUUGCCGUCGUUGUUAUUAAUUUAAUCUCUCGGCCUCUUUGGGUUUCUAAUUCACAUUGCACUUGUUGAAUAUAUGGUUUAUGAUUUACAUAUCACUCCGACGAAGAUCGUUGGCCAA